CUCCCCCCCUCUCUCCCCUACGGCCACUGACCUCCAUUAAACUCGGGUGCGAUAAAUAAAUGGUGCUUAUCACGGACGACAGGGACGGCGGGGGAGGAGGAGGAGGAGGAGGCUCCUCGUCGCUCCGGGUUAAGCAGCUCCAGCAGCACCAGAAAGCUGCGGGGAGCAUCGCCCAUGUCCACCCGGCGGCCACCCGGGAGGGGAACCCGUCCGCCGCCGACGACGACGAGUACCUAGGCUCCUGCGAGGAGGAGGAGGAAGAUGAGGAGGAGGACGACGAGUUUGAGGAGAUCGAUUUCGAGGACUUGGGGGACGCACGGACCAUCGCGUCCGACGACUCGUUUUACCCCCCGGAUGACGACGCCUUCGCGGACUCGGAGCGCACGCCGUCCCCGGACAGCCCCGAACCCCUGACGCUUUUCCGGGCGUGCUGUACCAACAACGCGGCCAUCGUCCGGAUCAUGAUCCGACAGGGAGUCAGGGAGGAGGAGGUCACGCACACCGACAGGAAUAACCGGACAGGACUGUUGGUGGCUUGUUACCAGGGAUAUGUUGAUGUUGUGAUAGCGCUGUCUCAGUGUCCACAUCUGGACGUCAACUGGAAGGACAGCGAGGGAAACACCGCCCUCAUUACUGCUGCGCAAGCAGGCCACAUUACCAUCACCAACUACCUGCUCAACUACUACACGGGGUUGGACAUAGAGCGGAGAAACUGCCACGGCUUCACUGCCCUGAUGAAGGCCUCCAUGCAAGGCCGCAUAGAGUGUGUCCGCUCGCUCAUGAUGGCAGGGGGUAAUUUGAGUGCGAGGGACAAUGGGCGUAACCUGACCCCCAGGGAGUGGGCCUUGUUCACAGGCCGUUAUGAAACAGCCUGGCUGAUGUCACGCCUCAUGGCCCGGCCCUGCCCGCAUCAGCUCUGCAGUGCAUACAGUCCGGAGUGGCCCCAGUUGGCGUCCCUGGUGGCUAAAGCCCAGGAGCCCCGCGGCUGUCUGAAGCGUCUGUCAGACACCGUGAGGAGCGCCUUCAACAUCGCCAACGUCACCGACCCCGAGGAAGACGGAGUGAUUGACCACAUGGUUUCCAUCACAACCGCCCUGGGGAGUCCCUUUAUUGCUGUAGCGUGCCAUACGGUGUGCCCGGAGAGUCCUCCCUGUGUGGGCAAACGCCGCUACGCAGUGCCGGAGAUCAUCCGCCGUCAGCGGGCCAAGGAGCUGCGCACACUCAACCCCGAGAGGAUCAACAACCUCCGCAAAAUCUUCCAGAACUCACGGGUCACGCUGGUGGCCAAGGGCUCAGCGGACCGCAGGGCUAGCCUCCAGCCCCAGAGCCUGAUGCCCCGACGGGGGAGCUCCAGCCUGGGCAGAGGGUCGGCCGGCACCACCCUGGAGGUGAGGAGAACAAGCCUGCUGCCCAUUCACUUUGUGAUGAGGAGGAGCAGCGUCAGGCCAGACAUCAGCGUUCCCAAGGUGAGGGUGACCAAGGCCCCCACGCCUACGUAUGAACCAGAGAAGAUCCGCAAGACGAGCAGCGCUAAAGAUGGCAUGAACCUGCUGCAGAUCCCCAAAUGGAGGUACAAGGAGCUGAAAGAGGAGAGGAGGAGAGCCGACGAGGCGGAGAGGAGGAGGUUGGAGGCCGCAACCAAGAAACACCUGGCCGCCGGGAAGAGGAAAUAGCAUCACGAAUCAAACAGGAAAUUGAUGGAAACCAGCUAAGAGCCAAAUGACAGAGGGAAGUCUCAUGAUUCUGGGGUUUGUAUGCCAUAACAAAAAAUAUCUGGCAGAUGUAAGUCUAAUAGGCUGCUACAGUUUUGUGUGUUCAAUAUUACCUCUUGUCAGACAUUCUCAACAGUGACCCUGAAGAGGGGAAAAAGGACUACAGGCUGGUAUGUCCUGUUCCACUUCGUGUCCUCAA